AUGUUCACCCGCUGCCGCCCAAUUCUGCCACAGAUGGCAGCCAGAAACGAUCACCUGCUCAGCUUGCUCCUCGCAUACUCAGGCAAGUCAUUCCCUGCCCAUCGAGCCAGGCUUCUGGGCCAAAAGGAGCCGCAGAUGAGGAUCGCCCUCUGGGUCCAAGACAUCUUCCCGGUGCUCCGACAAGCUCUCGGCGACAGGGAGCAGAUCAUCUCAAACACAAGUCUGGCGACGGCCGUCAUGCUGGCCUCGCUCGAGAUCAUCUCCCCGACGGCGUUCGGCUACGACAUCCCCUGGCAGCGACACCUCAACCUAGCCCGGGACCUGAUGUGGAGGCGGCUGGCCGACCUGCGCAAGACAGCGCGUGGGUUGGAAGAGGACCGCAUCUGCGCAUUCUUGUGGAGCUGGUUCGCUUACCUGGACGUACUGGGGAGUCUGAGCGGCGGAAUGCCCGACGAGCCCUCGUCAAGGUUCCGGCUGCUCGAGUACAUAACCCACGACACUGGUGACGAAAUGUACGAAAUCGACUGCAUCAUGGGGUUCACGACUCGAUGCGUCCAGAUCCUGGCGCAGAUCGCUGAGCUGGCCCGUGUCUGCGACGAGCAACGGCUCGGCCCGGGCGGACCCCCGCCGUCCGCCUGGACGCCAGGCCCGGUCUUUGUGCAACGGGCGCACCAGCUCGAGCAGGAGCUGAUGGACAGCAUGUCGCAGCCGUCACCGCUGUGCAAACACAUCCAAAGCGUCGAGGGCAAGGACCGGCAGGAGAUGGUGCUCAUGAACGAGGCCUUCCACUGGGCCGGGCUCGUCCACCUGCGCAGGCGCGUUCUCGGAAAGCCACCGGGGCACGAGGGCGUCCAGGGCCCGGUGAAGAGGAUCGUCGCGUGCCUGGAGUGCAUCCGGCCCGGCGGGUCCGCGGAGACGGGGUUCUUAUUCCCGAUGUUCACGGCCGGGUGCAAUGCCCUGGACGAGGGCCAGCGGGGCAAGAUAUUAGAGAGGUUCAGGAGCGUGGAGAGCAACGGCAUGACGCAGGUACACAAGGCGAGGGAGCUGAUGGAACAUGUCUGGGUAUCGGGGCAAGCGUGGGAGCCUCUACUGUGCACGGAGUUUGUAGGCUGA